GUGUUGGGCUCAGUCACUUGCCCCCUACAGGACUCAGCUCUUGAAGGCAAUAGCCUUUAUAGAAAACACGAAUAGGAAAACUUGAAGUGCUAUUUUUUUUUCAAGGCUGCUGAAGUUUAUUGGCUUCUCAUCGUACCUAAGCCUCCUGGAGCAAUAAAACUGGGAGAAACUUUUACCACGAUUUUUGUCCCUGCCUUGAUAUAUACUUUCUCUUCCAAAUGCUUUGGUGGGAAGAAGUAGAGGACUGUUAUGAAAGAGAAGAUGUUCAAAAGAAAACAUUCACAAAAUGGAUAAAUGCACAAUUUUCUAAGUUUGGAAAGCAACACAUAGACAACCUCUUCAGUGACCUGCAGGAUGGGAAACGCCUCCUAGACCUCUUGGAAGGCCUGACAGGGCAAAAACUGCCAAAAGAAAAAGGAUCUACAAGAGUUCAUGCCCUGAACAAUGUCAACAAGGCACUGCGGGUCUUACAGAAAAAUAAUGUUGAUUUAGUGAAUAUAGGAAGCACUGACAUAGUGGAUGGAAAUCAUAAACUCACUCUUGGUUUGAUUUGGAAUAUAAUCCUCCACUGGCAGGUCAAAAAUGUGAUGAAAACUAUCAUGGCUGGAUUGCAGCAAACCAACAGCGAAAAGAUUCUUCUGAGCUGGGUUCGACAGUCAACACGUAAUUAUUCACAGGUUAACGUCAUCAACUUUACCUCCAGCUGGUCGGAUGGGUUGGCUUUGAAUGCUCUCAUCCAUAGUCACAGGCCAGAGCUGUUUGAUUGGGAUAGUGUGGUUUCGCAGCAGUCAGCCACCCAAAGACUGGAACAUGCCUUCAACAUUGCAAAAUGUCAGUUAGGCAUAGAAAAACUUCUUGAUCCUGAAGAUGUUGCUACCACUUAUCCAGAUAAGAAGUCCAUCUUAAUGUACAUCACAUCACUCUUUCAAGUUUUGCCUCAACAAGUGAGCAUUGAAGCCAUUAAGGAAGUGGAAAUGUUACCCAGGCCAUCAUCAAAAGUGACUAGAGAAGAACAUUUUCAAUUACAUCACCAGAUGCAUUAUUCUCAACAGCAUUUGGAAGCUUCCAGAGACAAGUCAUUUGACAGUUCAUUGAUGGAAACCGAAGUAAACCUAGAUAGUUACCAAACUGCUUUAGAAGAAGUACUCUCAUGGCUUCUUUCUGCAGAAGACACAUUGCGAGCACAAGGAGAGAUUUCAAAUGAUGUUGAAGAAGUGAAAGAACAGUUUCAUGCUCAUGAGGGAAAAAAGAUCCCUCAUUCUGAAGUACAUUCCAGGGCACUCAUCAUGCAUAACAGCUCUAAGAGACAUCAUGAGUACAUGUAUGGUAAAACCUUGAAGGAUUCUCAGGCAGGAGAGAUUUCCUCAGAUUAUACAGUUGCUCAGAUUAUUCCUCUUUUCUUUCCCUACUUGAGACAGAUCUUUUAUGUAUCUCUAGAAGGCCUGAUACAAACUCUGUUACACAAAGUUCUAAUGGAUCUCCAGAAUCAGAAAUUAAAAGAAUUAGAUGACUGGUUAACAAAAACUGAAGAGAGAACACAGAAAAUGGAGAAAGAGCCCUUUGGACCUGAUCUUGAAGACCUAAAAUGCCAAGUUCAACAACAUAAGGUGCUUCAAGAAGAUCUAGAACAGGAACAGGUCAGGGUGAACUCGCUCACCCACAUGGUAGUAGUGGUUGAUGAAUCUAGCGGUGAUCAUGCAACAGCUGCUUUGGAAGGCCAACUUAAGGUACUGGGAGAUCGUUGGGCAAAUAUCUGCAGAUGGACUGAAGACCGCUGGAUUCUUUUACAAGAUAUUCUUCUAAAAUGGCAGCGUUUUACUGAAGAACAGUGCCUUUUUAGUACAUGGCUUUCAGAAAAAGAAGAUGCAAUGAAGAAUAUUCAAACAAGUGGCUUUAAGGAUCAAAAUGAAAUGGUAUCAAGUCUUCAAAAAAUAUCGACUUUAAAAAUAGCUCUAGAAAAGAAAAAGCCAACCAUGGAAAAACUAAGUUCACUCAAUCAAGAUCUGCUUUCAGCACUGAAAAAUAAGUCAGUGACUCAAAAGAUGGAAAUCUGGAUGGAAAACUUUGCACAACGUUGGGAUAAUUUAGCCCAAAAACUUGAAAAGAGUUCAGCACAAAUUUCACAGGCUGUCACCACCACUCAGCCAUCACUAACACAGACAACUGUAAUGGAAACGGUAACUAUGGUGACCACAAGGGAACAAAUCAUGGUAAAACAUGCCCAAGAAGAACUUCCACCUCCUCAAAAGAAGAGGCAGAUUACUGUGGAUUCUGAAAUUAGGAAAAGGUUGGAUGUCGAUAUAACUGAACUUCACAGUUGGAUUACUCGUUCAGAAGCCAUAUUACAGAGUUCUGAAUUUGCAGUCUAUCGAAAAGAAGGCAACAUCUCAGACUUGAAAGAAAAAGUCAAUGCCAUAGCACGAGAAAAAGCAGAGAAGUCCAGAAAACUGCAAGAUGCCAGCAGAUCAGCUCAGGCCCUGGUGGAACAGAUGGAGAAUGAGGGUGUUAAUGCUGAAAGUAUCAGACAAGCCUCAGAACAAUUGAACAGCCGGUGGACAGAAUUCUGUCAACUGCUGAAUGAGAGAGUUAACUGGCUAGAGUAUCAAAGCAACAUCAUUACCUUUUAUAAUCAGCUACAACAAUUGGAACAGAUGACAACUACUGCUGAAAACUUGUUGAAAAUCCAACCCACCACCCUAUCAGAGCCAACAGCAAUUAAAAGCCAGUUAAAAAUUUGUAAGGACGAAGUCAACAGGCUGUCAGCUCUUCAGCCUCAAAUUGAGCAAUUAAAAAUUCGGAGCCUAACACUGAAAGAAAAGGGACAGGGGCCAAUGUUUCUGGAUGCAGACUUUGUGGCCUUUACUAAUCAUUUUAACCACGUCUUUGAUGGUGUGCGGGCCAGAGAGAAAGAGUUACAAACAAUCUUUGAUGCAUUACCGCCAAUACGCUAUCAGGAGACAAUGAGCAGCAUCCGGACGUGGAUCCAGCAGUCAGAAAACAAACUCUCUACACCUCAUCUUAGUGUUACUGAAUAUGAAAUAAUGGAGGAGAGACUUGGGAAAUUACAGGCUCUGCAAAGUUCUUUGAAAGAUCAGCAAAAUGGCUUCAACUAUCUGAGUGCCACUGUGAAGGAGAUCGCUAAGAAAGCACCUUCAGAAAUAAGCCAGAAAUAUCAGUCAGAAUUUGAAGAUAUUGAGGGGCGCUGGAAGAAGCUUUCCACCCAGUUGGUGGAACAUUGCCAAAAGCUAGAAGAACAUAUGAAUAAACUUCGAAAAUUUCAGAAUCACAUAAAAACCUUGCAGAAAUGGAUGGCUGAAGUUGAUGUUUUCCUGAAAGAGGAAUGGCCUGCCCUGGGGGAUGCUGAAAUUCUGAAAAAACAGCUCAAACAAUGCAGACUUUUAGUUGGUGAUAUUCAAACAAUCCAGCCCAGUUUAAACAGUGUUAAUGAAGGUGGGCAGAAGAUAAAGAUUGAAGCUGAAAUUGAGUUUGCAUCCAGACUGGAGACAGAACUCAAAGAACUUAACACUCAGUGGGAUCACAUGUGCCGCCAGGUCUACACCAGAAAGGAAGCCUUGAAGGCAGGUUUGGAUAAAACUGUAAGCCUACAAAAAGAUCUAUCAGAAAUGCAUGAGUGGAUGACACAAGCUGAAGAAGAAUAUCUAGAAAGAGAUUUUGAAUAUAAAACUCCAGAUGAAUUACAGACUGCUGUUGAAGAAAUGAAGAGAGCUAAAGAAGAGGCACUACAAAAAGAAACCAAAGUGAAACUCCUUUCUGAGACUGUAAACAGUGUAAUAGCUCAAGCUCUGCCCGCAGCACAAGAGGCCUUAAAAAAGGAACUUGAUACUCUGACCACCAAUUAUCAAUGGCUGUGCACCAGGCUGAAUGGAAAAUGCAAAACUUUGGAAGAAGUUUGGGCGUGUUGGCAUGAGUUAUUGUCAUAUUUAGAUAAAGCAAACAAGUGGCUCAAUGAAGUAGAAUUGAAACUUAAAACCAUGGAAAAUGUUCCUGCAGGAGCUGAGGAAAUCACUGGGGUGCUAGAAUCUCUUGAAAAUCUGAUGCAUCAUUCAGAGGAGAACCCAAAUCAGAUUCGUCUAUUAGCACAGACCCUUACAGAUGGAGGAGUCAUGGAUGAACUGAUCAAUGAGGAGCUUGAAACCUUUAAUUCUCGUUGGAGGGAACUACAUGAAGAGGCUGUGAGGAAACAAAAGUUGCUUGAACAGAGUAUCCAGUCUGCCCAGGAAAUUGAAAAAUCUUUGCACUUAAUUCAGGAGUCGCUUGAAUUCAUUGACAAGCAGUUGGCAGCUUAUAUCGCUGACAAGGUGGAUGCAGCUCAAAUGCCUCAGGAAGCCCAGAAAAUUCAAUCAGAUUUAACAAGUCAUGAGAUCAGUUUAGAGGAAAUGAAGAAACAUAACCAGGGGAAGGAUGCUAACCAAAGAGUUCUUUCACAAAUUGAUAUUGCACAGAAAAAAUUACAAGAUGUCUCCAUGAAAUUUCGAUUAUUCCAAAAACCAGCCAAUUUUGAACAACGUCUAGAGGAAAGUAAGAUGAUUUUAGAUGAAGUAAAGAUGCACUUGCCUGCACUGGAAACCAAGAGUGUUGAACAGGAAGUAGUUCAGUCACAACUAAGUCAUUGUGUGAAUUUGUAUAAAAGCCUGAGUGAAGUGAAGUCUGAAGUGGAAAUGGUGAUCAAAACCGGACGUCAAAUUGUACAGAAAAAGCAGACAGAAAAUCCCAAAGAGCUUGAUGAACGAGUAACAGCUUUGAAACUGCAUUACAAUGAGUUGGGUGCGAAGGUAACAGAGAGGAAGCAACAGUUGGAGAAAUGCUUGAAGUUGUCCCGUAAAAUGAGAAAGGAAAUGAACAUCUUAACAGAAUGGCUGGCAGCAACAGAUACAGAAUUGACGAAGAGAUCAGCAGUUGAAGGAAUGCCAAGUAAUUUGGAUUCUGAAGUUGCCUGGGGAAAGGCUACUCAGAAAGAAAUUGAGAAACAGAAGGCUCACUUGAAGAGUGUCACAGAACUAGGAGAGUCUUUGAAAACCGUGUUGGGCAAGAAAGAAACCUUGGUGGAAGAUAAACUGAGUCUUCUGAACAGUAAUUGGAUAGCUGUCACCUCCAGAGUAGAAGAAUGGCUGAAUCUUCUGUUGGAAUACCAGAAACACAUGGAAACCUUUGAUCAGAAUAUAGAACAAAUCACAAAGUGGAUCAUUCACACGGAUGAGCUUUUAGAUGAAUCUGAAAAAAAGAAACCACAACAAAAGGAAGACAUUCUUAAGCGUUUAAAGGCUGAAAUGAAUGACAUGCGCCCAAAGGUGGAUUCCACACGUGACCAAGCAGCGAAAUUGAUGGCAAACCGCGGUGAUCACUGCAGGAAAAUAGUAGAGCCCCAAAUCUCCGAGCUCAACCGUCGAUUUGCAGCUAUUUCUCACAGAAUUAAGACUGGAAAGGCCUCCAUUCCUUUGAAGGAAUUGGAGCAGUUUAACUCAGAUAUACAAAAAUUGCUUGAACCACUGGAGGCUGAAAUUCAGCAGGGGGUGAAUCUGAAAGAGGAAGACUUCAAUAAAGAUAUGAGUGAAGAUAAUGAGGGUACUGUAAAUGAAUUGUUGCAAAGAGGAGACAACUUACAACAAAGAAUCACAGAUGAGAGAAAACGAGAGGAAAUAAAGAUAAAACAGCAGCUGUUACAGACAAAACAUAAUGCUCUCAAGGAUUUGAGGUCUCAAAGAAGAAAAAAGGCCCUAGAAAUUUCUCACCAAUGGUAUCAGUACAAGAGGCAGGCUGAUGAUCUCCUGAAAUGCUUGGAUGAAAUUGAAAAAAAAUUAGCCAGCCUACCUGAACCCAGAGAUGAAAGAAAAUUAAAGGAAAUUGAUCGUGAAUUGCAGAAGAAGAAAGAGGAGCUGAAUGCAGUGCGCAGGCAAGCUGAGGGCUUGUCUGAGAAUGGGGCCGCAAUGGCAGUGGAGCCAACUCAGAUCCAGCUCAGCAAGCGCUGGCGGCAAAUUGAGAGCAAUUUUGCUCAGUUUCGAAGACUCAACUUUGCACAAAUUCACACUCUCCAUGAAGAAACCAUGGUAGUGACGACUGAAGAUAUGCCUUUGGAUGUUUCUUAUGUGCCUUCUACUUACUUGACCGAGAUCAGUCAUAUCUUACAAGCUCUUUCAGAAGUGGAUCAACUUCUAAAUGCUCCUGAACUCUGUGCUAAAGAUUUUGAAGAUCUCUUUAAGCAAGAGGAGUCUCUUAAGAAUAUAAAGGACAAUUUGCAACAAAUCUCAGGUCGGAUUGAUGUUAUUCACAAGAAGAAGACAGCAGCCUUGCAAAGUGCCACCCCCACGGAAAGGGUGAAAGUCCAGGAAGCAGUGUCGCAGAUGGAUUUCCAGUGGGAAAAACUUAAUAGAAUGUACAAGGAACGACAAGGGCGAUUUGACAGAUCAGUUGAAAAAUGGCGACACUUUCAUUAUGAUAUGAAGGUAUUUAAUCAAUGGUUGAAUGAAGUUGAACAUUUUUUCAAAAAGACACAAAAUCCUGAAAAUUGGGAACAUGCUAAAUACAAAUGGUAUCUUAAGGAACUCCAGAAUGGCAUUGGGCAGCGUCAAGCUGUUGUCAGAACACUGAAUGCAACUGGGGAAGAAAUAAUUCAACAGUCUUCAAAAACAGAUGUCAAUAUUCUACAAGAAAAAUUAGGAAGCUUGAGUCUGCGGUGGCACGAGAUCUGCAAAGAGCUGGCAGAAAGGAGAAAGAGGGCUGAAGAGCAAAAGAAUUUACUGGCAGAAGAGUUGCCCCUGCGCCAGGGAAUUCUAAAACAAUUAAAUGAAACAGGAGGAGCAGUACUUGUAAGUGCUCCCAUAAGACCAGAAGAGCAAGAUAAACUUGAAAAGAAGCUCAAACAGAUAAAUCUCCAGUGGAUAAAGGUCUCCAGAGCCUUACCUGAAAAACAAAGAGAGCUUGAGGUUCACAUUAAAGAUUUUAGACAGCUUGAAGAGCAGCUAGAUCACCUGCUCCUGUGGCUCUCUCCUAUUAGAAACCAGUUGGAAAUUUAUAACCAACCAAGUCAACCAGGACCAUUUGACCUGAAGGAAACUGAAGUAACAGUUCAAGCUAAACAACCGGAUGUGGAAAGGCUUUUGUCUAAAGGCCAGCAUUUGUAUAAGGAAAAAGCAAGCAGUCAGCCAGUGAAGAGGAAGUUAGAAGAUCUGAGGUCUGAGUGGGAGGCUGUGAACCAUUUACUGCGGGAGCUGAGGACAAAGCAGCCUGACCGUGCCCCUGGACAGAGCACUACUGGAGCCUCUGCCAGUCAGACUGUCACUCUAGUGUCACAACCUGUGGUUACCAAGGAAACUUUCAUCUCCAAACUAGAAAUGCCAUCUUCUUUGCUGUUGGAGGUACCUGCACUGGCAGACUUCAAUCGAGCUUGGACAGAACUAACAGACUGGCUGUCUCUGCUUGAUCGAGUUAUAAAAUCACAGAGAGUGAUGGUGGGUGAUCUGGAAGACAUCAAUGAAAUGAUCAUCAAACAGAAGGCAACACUGCAAGAUUUGGAACAGAGACGCCCCCAGUUGGAAGAACUCAUUACUGCUGCCCAGAAUUUGAAAAACAAAACCAGCAAUCAAGAAGCUAGAACAAUCAUUACUGAUCGAAUUGAAAGAAUUCAGAUACAGUGGGAUGAGGUACAAGAACAGCUGCAGAACAGGAGACAACAGUUGAAUGAAAUGUUGAAGGAUUCGACGCAAUGGCUAGAAGCUAAGGAAGAAGCUGAACAGGUCAUAGGACAGGCCAGAGGCAAGCUUGACUCAUGGAAAGAAGGUCCUCACACAGUGGAUGCAAUCCAAAAGAAGAUCACAGAAACCAAGCAGUUGGCCAAAGACCUCCGCCAACAGCAGAUAAGUAUAGACGUGGCAAAUGAUUUGGCGCUGAAACUUCUUCGGGACUAUUCUGCUGAUGAUACCAGAAAAGUACACAUGAUAACAGAGAAUAUCAAUACUUCUUGGGGAAACAUUCAUAAAAGAGUGAGUGAGCGAGAGGCUGCUUUGGAAGAAACUCAUAGAUUACUGCAGCAGUUCCCUCUGGACCUGGAGAAGUUUCUUUCUUGGAUUACAGAAGCAGAAACAACUGCCAAUGUCCUACAGGAUGCUUCCCGUAAGGAGAAGCUCCUAGAAGACUCCAGGGGAGUCAGAGAGCUGAUGAAACCAUGGCAAGAUCUCCAAGGAGAAAUUGAAGCUCACACAGACAUCUAUCACAAUCUUGAUGAAAAUGGCCAAAAAAUCCUGAGAUCCCUGGAAGGUUCAGAUGAAGCACCCCUAUUACAAAGACGUUUGGAUAACAUGAAUUUCAAGUGGAGUGAACUUCGGAAAAAGUCUCUCAACAUUAGGUCCCAUUUGGAAGCCAGUUCUGACCAGUGGAAGCGUUUGCAUCUUUCUCUUCAGGAACUUCUUGUCUGGCUACAGCUGAAAGACGAUGAACUGAGUCGGCAGGCACCUAUCGGUGGUGAUUUUCCAGCAGUUCAGAAGCAGAAUGAUAUACAUAGGGCCUUCAAGAGGGAAUUGAAAACUAAAGAACCUGUAAUCAUGAGUACUCUGGAGACUGUGAGAAUAUUUCUGACAGAGCAGCCUUUGGAAGGACUAGAGAAACUCUACCAGGAGCCCAGAGAACUGCCUCCUGAAGAAAGAGCUCAGAAUGUCGCUCGGCUCCUACGAAAGCAGGCUGAAGAGGUCAACACUGAAUGGGACCAAUUGAACCUGCACUCAGCUGAUUGGCAGAGAAAAAUAGAUGAGGCUCUUGAAAGACUGCAGGAACUUCAGGAAGCUACCGAUGAGCUGGACCUCAAGUUGCGCCAAGCCGAGGUGAUCAAGGCAUCCUGGCAGCCAGUAGGGGAUCUCCUCAUUGACUCUCUGCAAGAUCACCUUGAAAAAGUCAAGGCACUUCGGGGAGAAAUUGCACCUCUUAAAGAGAACGUCAACCAUGUCAAUGACCUUGCACAUCAGCUGACCACACUGGGCAUUCAGCUCUCACCUUAUAACCUCAGCACUUUGGAAGAUCUGAAUACCAGAUGGAGGCUUCUGCAGGUGGCUGUGGAGGACCGUGUCAGGCAGCUGCAUGAAGCCCACAGGGACUUUGGCCCAGCAUCCCAGCACUUCCUUUCCACUUCAGUCCAGGGUCCCUGGGAAAGAGCCAUCUCACCAAACAAAGUGCCCUACUAUAUCAACCACGAGACCCAAACCACUUGUUGGGACCAUCCCAAAAUGACGGAGCUCUACCAGUCUUUAGCUGACCUGAAUAAUGUCAGGUUCUCCGCUUAUAGGACUGCCAUGAAGCUCAGAAGACUCCAGAAGGCCCUUUGCUUGGAUCUUUUAAGCCUAUCGGCUGCAUGUGAUGCCUUGGACCAGCACAACCUCAAGCAAAAUGACCAGCCCAUGGAUAUCCUGCAGAUAAUUAACUGUUUGACUACUAUUUAUGAUCGCUUGGAGCAAGAGCACAACAAUUUAGUCAAUGUCCCUCUCUGUGUGGACAUGUGUCUCAACUGGCUUCUCAAUGUUUAUGAUACGGGACGGACAGGGAGGAUCCGUGUCCUGUCUUUUAAAACUGGCAUCAUUUCUCUGUGUAAAGCACACUUGGAAGACAAGUACAGAUACCUUUUCAAGCAAGUGGCAAGUUCAACUGGCUUUUGUGACCAGCGUAGGCUGGGUCUUCUUCUGCAUGAUUCUAUUCAAAUCCCAAGACAGUUGGGUGAAGUUGCCUCCUUUGGGGGCAGUAACAUUGAACCGAGUGUCAGGAGCUGCUUCCAAUUUGCCAAUAAUAAACCUGAGAUUGAAGCCGCUCUCUUCCUUGACUGGAUGCGCCUGGAACCCCAGUCUAUGGUAUGGCUGCCCGUCUUGCACAGAGUGGCUGCUGCUGAAACUGCCAAGCAUCAAGCCAAGUGUAACAUCUGUAAGGAGUGUCCAAUCAUUGGAUUCAGGUACAGAAGCCUAAAGCACUUUAAUUAUGACAUCUGCCAAAGCUGCUUUUUUUCUGGCCGAGUUGCAAAGGGCCAUAAAAUGCACUACCCCAUGGUAGAGUAUUGCACUCCGACUACAUCCGGAGAAGAUGUUCGAGACUUCGCCAAGGUACUGAAAAACAAAUUUCGAACCAAAAGGUAUUUUGCGAAGCAUCCCCGAAUGGGCUACCUGCCAGUGCAGACUGUGUUAGAGGGGGACAACAUGGAAACUCCCGUUACUCUGAUCAACUUCUGGCCAGUAGAUUCUGCGCCUGCCUCGUCCCCCCAGCUUUCACAUGAUGAUACUCAUUCACGCAUUGAACAUUAUGCUAGCAGGCUAGCAGAAAUGGAAAACAGCAAUGGAUCUUAUCUAAAUGAUAGCAUCUCUCCUAAUGAGAGCAUAGAUGAUGAACAUUUGUUAAUCCAGCAUUACUGCCAAAGUUUGAACCAGGACUCCCCCCUGAGCCAGCCUCGUAGUCCUGCCCAGAUCUUGAUUUCCUUAGAGAGUGAGGAAAGAGGGGAGCUAGAGAGAAUCCUAGCAGAUCUUGAGGAAGAAAACAGGAAUCUGCAAGCAGAAUAUGAUCGUCUGAAGCAGCAGCAUGAGCAUAAAGGCCUGUCUCCACUGCCAUCUCCUCCUGAGAUGAUGCCCACCUCUCCUCAGAGUCCUAGGGAUGCUGAGCUCAUUGCUGAGGCCAAGCUACUGCGCCAACACAAAGGACGCCUGGAAGCCAGGAUGCAAAUCCUGGAAGACCACAAUAAACAGCUGGAGUCUCAGUUACAUAGACUGAGACAGCUCCUGGAGCAACCCCAGGCUGAGGCCAAGGUGAAUGGCACCACAGUGUCCUCUCCUUCUACCUCUCUGCAGAGGUCAGAUAGCAGUCAGCCUAUGCUGCUCCGAGUGGUUGGCAGUCAAACUUCAGAAUCUAUGGGUGAGGAAGAUCUUCUGAGUCCUCCCCAGGACACAAGCACAGGGUUAGAAGAAGUGAUGGAACAACUCAACAACUCCUUCCCUAGUUCAAGAGGAAGAAAUGCCCCUGGAAAGCCAAUGAGAGAGGACACAAUGUAGGAAGCCUUUUCCACAUGGCAGAUGAUUUGGGCAGAGCGAUGGAGUCCUUAGUUUCAGUCAUGACAGAUGAAGAAGGAGCAGAAUAAAUGUUUUACAACUCCUGAUUCCCGCAUGGUUUUUAUAAUAUUCGUACAACAAAGAGGAUUAGACAGUAAGAGUUUACAAGAAAUAAAAUCUAUAUUUUUGUGAAGGGUAGUGGUACUAUACUGUAGAUUUCAGUAGUUUCUAAGUCUGUUAUUGUUUUGUUAACAAUGGCAGGUUUUACACGUCUAUGCAAUUGUACAAAAAAGUUAAAAGAAAACAUGUAAAAUCUUGAUAGCUAAAUAACUUGCCAUUUCUUUAUAUGGAACGCAUUUUGGGUUGUUUAAAAAUUUAUAACAGUUAUAAAGAAAGAUUGUAAACUAAAGUGUGCUUUAUAAAAAAAAGUUGUUUAUAAAAACCCCUAAACACACACACAGACACACAUGCACACACAGACAUACACACAUACACACAGACACACACACACACACACACACUCACUGAGGCAGCACAUUGUUUUGCAUUACUUUAGCGUGGUAUUCAUAUGGAAUUCAUGAUGUUUUUUUCUUUUUCUUGCAUAUUAAAGAUAGGAGUUCCUUGAACCCCACCAUAUAACUGCUUCAUAUUGCUCUUUUGAGAAUUGUUGACUGAGUGGGGCUGGCUAUGGGCUUUCAUUUUAUACAUCUAUAUGUCUACAAGUAUAUAAAUACUAUAGGUAUAUAGAUAAAUAGAUAUGAAAUUACUUCUUCAAAUGUUCUUGCCACUUCCUAAUGGAAAUAAAUUGCUUCUAGUCAUCUGGACUCAUCUGCUUGGGCAAGAGUGAAUUUUCCCUGGAGCGCGAAGCCAGGAGAAUACUACCACAGUAAAAUAUUGUCUAUGGCUCCAGAUGUUUCUAGUUUUAAACUUUCCACUGACAGCUAGAACAUUCAUUUUUUUAAAGGAACAUGCGAAUGAAUACACAGGACUUACUAUAUCAUAGUAUUUUGUUGGUUGAUAUACUCAACUUCCUACUGCUGGGUUAGAUUUAAUGAUGUUUCUACAAUAGAACAUCAGAAGACAUUUUUAAUUCCCAAGCAGGAGGAGGAAGAUGGUAGGAGCUAAAGGUUGUAGCUCCUCAGUCAAUUCUUAUGAGGGGAGCAACAACUCUGUAAAAGAAUGGAUGAAUAUUCACAACUAUACAUAUAAACAUCUCUAUAAUUACAACUAAAUUGUUCUACCCUCUUCGUAAACUCAACCUGAAGUGGGUGGUUUUGUUGUUGUUGUUGUUGAUGAUGAUGAUGAAUUUUAGAUUUUAGAUUUUUGGGUUUUUUUUCAUUGUGAUGAUUUUUUUAAAUGCUGCAAGACUUAGGAUUAUUGGUAAGAAAGUAACCCAAUCACAUUGUGACCCUGGUGAAUAUCAAUCCAGACGCCCAUCAACUGCAUUUGUCUCCUUUGCAUUGGUUUUCAUGCAAGUAACUCUACACAGGUUUGUGAGUGAGAAGGCACAGCAGUUGGAAAGUUUCGAGAGCAAAAGCCUCUCCAGACUCUCUGGUAUGUUUGAUGGGCUGAAGUGUCUAAGCAAAUGCAAGUCAUUGAACCAGGAGAAAAGGUGAAACAGAAAGCUAAGGACUGGUAGGAAAAGCUUUACUUCCUCUCAUGUCAGUUUAUCCCUCUUAGCAUCUAAAGAGCAUUCUCUCAAUAGAAAUCACUGUCCUAUUAUUUUGCAAAUCUGUUACCUCUAACUUCAAGUGUAAUUAACUUCUAGCGAGUGAGUUUCAUCCAUUAUUAAUUGUACUUAACAUCAAACACAGCUUCUCAUGCUAUUUCUACCUCACUUUGGUUUUGGGGUGUUCCUGGUAAUUGUGCACACCUAAUUUCACAACUUCACCACUUGUUUGUUGUGUGGACACCAGUCUCCUUUUUUCAUUUAUAAUUUCCAAAAGAAAACCCAAAGCUCUAAGAUAACAAAUUGAAAUUUGGUUCUGGUCUUGCUUUUUCUCUCUCCUUUAUGUGGCACUGGGCAUUUUCUUUAUCCAAGGGUUUGUUUUCACCAAGAUUUAAAACAAGGGGUUCCUUUCCAUCCUACUAAGAAGUUUUAAGUUUUAUUCUAAAAUCCAAGGUAGAUAGAGUGCAUAGUUUUGUUUUAAUCUUUUCAUUUUAUCUUUUAGAUAUUAGUUCUGGAGUGAAUCUGUCAAAAUAUUUGAAUAAAAACUGAGAGCUUUAUUGCUGAUUUUAAGCAUAAUUUGGACAUCAUUUCAUGUUCUUUAUAACCACCAAGUAUUAAACUGUAAAUCAUAAUCAGUGUAACUGAAGCAUAAUCAUCACAUGGCAUGUAUCAUCAUUGUCUCCAGGUACUGGAUUCUUACUUGAGUAUCAUAAUAGAUUGUGUUUUAACACCAACACUGUAACAUUUACUAAUUAUUUUUUUAAACUUCAGUUUUACUGCAUUUUCACAACAUAUCAGACUUCACCAAAUAUAUGCCUUACUAUUGUAUUAUAUUACUGCUUUACUGUGUAUCUCAAUAAAGCACGCAGUUAUGUUACAAAAAAAAGA